UGUUGCAGGUAGAGUUUUGCCAAUUCCGAUGCCAGUGAAGGCAGCAUUCCUCGCCGUGUCCCAUGUUAGGGUCUCCUCCUCCUGACCGCUGAACUCCGCUGAGCUUCCUCUGCUCAUUACUGUACCCAGAACAUGAGCGCAGCAAGACAAAUCCUCAACUGUACCAAGUUUCGCUGUCAUUUGAUCAACAUAAACUGCAGUAGAGCCUUUUGUACAUCACAGCACAUAAUGGCAUCACGACACACUCACUCCAAAAGAAUUGAAGGACUGGACAAGAAUGUGUGGGUUGCAUUUACUUCAGUGGCAGCAGAUCCAACAAUUGUUAACCUGGGUCAAGGCUUUCCAGACAUCCCUCCACCUUCUUACGUUAAGGAGGCACUAGUGAAAGCCACAUCGGUGGACAAACUGAACCAGUACACCAGAGGCUUUGGCCAUCCUUCUCUGGUGAAGGCCCUUUCUCAGGUUUAUGGGAAAGUCUAUGGACGUACCAUUGACCCCUUCAAAGAAAUCCUGGUCACGGUGGGGGGUUACGGUUCCUUAUUCAGCACCAUGCAGGGUCUGGUGGAAGUCGGAGAUGAGGUCAUCAUUGUCGAACCUUUCUUUGACUGUUAUGUACCUAUGGUGCGGAUGGCAGGGGCCACGCCUGUGUUGAUACCUCUACGCCUUAAGCCUGGAAAGAAGACAGGUACAAGUGCUGACUGGUACCUUGACCCAGAGGAGCUUUCCAGUAAAUUCAACUCUAAGACAAAGGCCAUCAUUAUCAACACUCCCAACAAUCCUAUAGGGAAGAUAUUCACCAGAGAUGAGCUGCAGAUGAUUGCCGACCUUUGUAUUAAACAUGACACACUGUGCUUCAGUGACGAGGUUUAUGAGUGGCUCAUCUACAGAGGCCACCAGCAUAUCAAAAUUGCCACUUUGCCUGGAAUGUGGGAUAGAACAAUCACUAUUGGAAGUGCAGGAAAAACAUUUAGUGUCACUGGAUGGAAGCUUGGUUGGUCUAUAGGGCCUGAGCACCUGGUAAAACAUUUACAGACCGUCAUGCAGAACACACUGUACACCUGCCCAACACCUUUACAGGAGGCUGUGGCACAAGGUUUGAUGAGGAACUACGAGCUGAUGGGUCAGCCUGAGUGCUACUUCUCCUCCCUGGCAGAGGAACUUGAAGUUAAGAGGGACCGCAUGGCCUCCAUCCUGCAGGAGGCCGGUAUGUCUCCAGUCAUCCCAGAGGGAGGAUACUUCAUGCUCGUCGAUGUCACUUCUCUCAAUCAGGACUUGUCACAUAUGGGUGAAGAUGAAGCUUAUGACUAUAAGUUUGUCAAGUGGAUGAUUAAAGAAAAGAAACUGGCAGCCAUUCCAGUCACUGCAUUUGUUGGAGAUGAGUCCAAGAAAGAGUUUGAGAAAUAUAUUCGCCUGUGCUUCAUUAAGCAAGACAGUACGCUGGAUGCAGCAGAGGCCAUUCUGAAAAACUGGAGAAGAGUAUAAUGGGACUCACACAUGAACAGCUCAAUCAGACUGAAAGAACAACAAACUGUGAGUUCAAACCACAUCAGUGUUGAAGACUUUGACCUUCAUCCUGUUCUAAGAUGGAGGACCCCCCCCUGAACACACACAUAUAAUGUACUCAAACCACACUGUUACUGUGAUAAAUCCCCCAAUGUGUGAGUCUAGAUAAAAAAGAUUUAUUUUUGUUUCUUAUCUCAAAAUAAUGGUUUAUUUGUUCCUUUUUUUGUGUUACUGGUUAUUUGAAUACAAUUAAUAAUAGCACAACAUGGAUCAGCUGAGAAAGAACUAUUUUACUGUAAAUUUGAACACAAAUUUCCUAUUAAACUAUAAAACUUUGA